AGCUUAAUGCACAGCAGCUGAAACCAACUUAACACAAGGUGGAGCUGCAUAUGCAAAAUCUGCAGUCAUGUUGGCUGUUCUUGUGACCAUUUUGAUGUUUAGUCAAGGACUUUCAGUGGAAAAUUGUGGGACGAGUUUCAUCACUGCAUUCCCCGAGAAUAUUGCAUUUUAUUAUCGAAAGACCUUUAACCUAUUCAAAAUCACUGCCCUUCACCCAAACACUAUGGUUAAUGUCACCUAUAUGGCCAGCGGCAACCUCACCACAAAUGCAAGUCUCGCAGUUGGAACCGUUUGGACUUUGAAUUUGACGAAGGAAGUUGAAGAAUCCCAGUUCCUGUAUUCCAAUAAGACGUUUCGAAUCACCAGUGAUAAAAACAUCACAGUGGUUUCUGUGAGUGGAUGGAAGGGGAGAUUCCAGUCUCACGUUGUCCAGCCUGAACAAAAUCUGGGAAGUGUGUAUCAUGUUCCCUCUCUCAAUUACACCAAGAUAGCUGCGUCCUUUAACCUUACGAUGACAUCAUAUGUCAGAUUCCUCCCUUUUAGGCUGAUGAUUAUAAAUGCAGUGGACGAGGAAAACAGUGUCACCAUCAAAUGGGUAGAUGAAAGCGGUGAGAGCCAAGAAGAUGAAAUAGUGCUUCAUCCUUACAAUCUUUACCAGAUUCAGAUUAAUGAGACGGUGAGAGAAAUCAAUGCAGAUGAUAAAGUGGCUGUGAUUCUGACCCAUCCGUGUUUUGACAGCAAAAACUGCUCAUGCAACAUGAUUCUGAACCAGCUCCAACCGUUUGUGUUAAAUGAAAGUAUGGACAGAUUCCCCAUGCCCCCUCUCUUCAGUCCCAAACAGCUACUUGUGACAACAAAUAAACCCUUCAAGGUCUGUCAGGGUUCUUUAACUGCUUGCACUGAUGUUUGGGUGCAAAAUUUUUCAGACAUCCUGCCAUUAUUACCAAAUUUUACGAACGGGACCUCACUUAUUUCUACUUCCAUGCAUGUUUCCCUCCAAUUAGUCAGACCUGGGCUCAUUCUAGACCUCAUUCCGGUAAGCAUGUUCUCUGGGUGCUAUCUGGUAGAUUUUAAUUCCUCAAGCAGUGGAGUCUUGGUGAUUGCUAAUACAUCCAGCACUAAUGAUGUGCGAAUGAACAAUCAGCCUUUGCCUCCAUACAUCAUCUGGAACGUUAUGAAUGGCACAGAGUACUCCUGGGCUGUAGUGAUGGGACAAAGGAUAAGCACAAUCUGGCAUCCUUUUGCAAGGAUUGGUGUAUAUAUGUUUGAAGGCUUGGAGUCUAACAAUACCUAUUGGAGUGCUGCAACAGUUAUAAAUAGGGACCCAGACCGUUAUGGCUGUCUGGUGUCUCCGGAGAUGUUUGUACUUGGUAAAGAAGAAACGAACUGGUCAAUGUCCCGUAAGUACUGCUUGGAAAAUGCUGAUCUGUUUGCCAGGCUCAACAAUAUGAGCAACCAGGAUAAGAUGGUCUCAAACAUGACGGAUGAAGACCCCACGGAGGGCUGGAUCAGUCUGCGCCGCAGCCUGUACACAACAGACUGGUACUGGGAAAACAAGGACAGUUUCUCACCCAAUGUGAACUUCACUAACUGGGACAACGGACAGCCUGAAAGGCCGGAGAAAGGCUUGUGUGCCUCAGUUUCCCUAGAUCCCAAAAAGAACUUCAAGUGGAAGAGUGCUCGCUGCUGUUCUAAUAAGAAACCAAUUUGCUAUAUAAGACCAAAACACCUCACUCUUUCAGAUAUUUUGUAAUAAGCAGAUGUCUUAAUUACAAUACUUGUAAAGGGACCUCCAAAAUGUUUUUUUUUUUUUUUUUUGCUUUCAUAAGUGUGUGUAACGAUCAGUAUAGAUUGGUUUAAUUACCAUACACUACAUUUAUCUGUCUAUACAUAGUAACUGUCUAUACAUUAGACUAGAUUUAGAAAAUCUGUUGGGCAAUGAAACUGAUUUAGCAAUGUAAUUAACAGUGAAAGAAGAACUUGUAUUGCAGACUUUUUAGGUUAAAUAAGACUAUUACAGUUAGUAAGUGGAGAUGUAUUUUGAGGUGUAUCCAGGCUUAGAUUUAGAAUGUUAAAAUAGAUUAUUAAAGAAUGCUAACAGAACCACGAGUCCUGUUGAAGCUUUUUUAUUUAAAAAAUUAUAAGCAUAAGCUUUAUUUGAUAUACAUUUUUAGACAUUUAUUUUAAAAAUCUUUAGUUAUAAAAUGGUACUGCAAGAGUCAAGUUGCAAAAAAGUUCAAGCUGACUUCAAAAUCUAAAUCUAAGAUUUGAAUCCACACUACUGGUCUUUCUUUGAAUGAUUCAUUGGUGCAUGUUAUUUAAGAAAAUAAAAAAGCGAUGUUUGUUACUGUUUUUCUUUUGGGUUUUGCGGAAUAAAAUUAACCAUGUUGACCUGAACCAUCAGUUGAGAAGACAAAAAAUGCUUAUGAUGUUUUUUGAGUAGUGGUGGAAAUAAAUAUAAUGAGUCUUUAUGUACUGGUGCAGAUCCCAGGUAAAGGCAGAAAAUUAUGUAAAUAAAUAUAUAUAUUUUCCAACCCCCUGCCUUUUAAAAAAAAAUUUUUUAAUUCAUUUGCACAACUUAUUUGACAGAUGAAUGCACAAAGAUGAAGAUUUUUAUAUUUUUCAGUUAAUUACUAUAUUAGUAUGUCACUCUGUGUUAAAAUAUCCAGUCAGAUCAGACAAAG